UUUAUUACACAUCAGACAGCCCGAAAUUCCAGUCACCUGACAACCCUGUUUUGUGAACUUGAAUUUUACUCUGUUUUGUGUGUGAAUUGUGGUGAAAUAUUCGUCUAGAAACCAGGACCACACACACACGCACAUCUUUGCAUCGUAACACAAUGGGAGCCAGUACGUCCAAGGGAGUCGGAGUGGCCCAGGCAGCAGCCAGUCCCAGCAUUCCGCCGGCCGAGCCAGUCGGUGCCGCCGGCGUCGCCGAGAAGCCCAAGUGCAAGGCCUGCUGCGCCUGCCCCGAGACCAAGCGGGCACGUGACGCCUGCAUUGUGGAGAAUGGCGAGGAGAACUGCACGUCGCUAAUUGAGGCGCACAAGAAGUGCAUGCGCGAUGCCGGCUUCAAUAUCUAGACGGUAGUCGGAAGAGUCCCCAGUGCCAGAGACCUCCUCGAUCCAAUGCAACGCUCCUCCUCCUCCUCCUCCCAUUGUUUUUGUUUCUGUUGUAUCUCAAGCUAAUUAUAGAACUAAAUUAAUUGAAAAACCCA